CUAGGGAUGUUUCGGCAUUUUUUUAAAAUAUCCGUCCUUGAAAGGUUAAACGAAAACAACAACGAGGACAAAGACCCAGAAUCUAGAAAUGCUUCCUCCCCUACACUUUUUCCUUCCUUUCCAAGAAAUCUUCAAACAUUUUCUCUCAAAUUUUCUCGAGAAAGUUAACCCAACCCAACCCAACCAACCAAACAAACAAACGCAAACUACGACUCCUCUUCACGAAACCUUUACGAAUUUCUCAUUAUAAUUCACAACCAAGAUUCUUUUAUUCCUUCGCAAAACACUAAUUCAAAUUCAAGGUGAAAAUUCCUAAAAACGCUAUCGUUUUGACCAAGAUCUCCAGUUUAAACAGUUAACCACCACCAUGACCUGUCCCACGAACUCCAUAACCUACAACACCUCGCUCUGCGCGUGUCCGCCUGGCCAGCUGGCUGGGCCGGCCACCAGCUGCCAUGUGUACAACGAGAGUUCGGCCUUUGUAGUGGUUUCGGGAGUAGAAGACUACGGCGUGAGUUUUCCGGAGACGUUGUUCUCGUUUGAUACGAUAAAGAAGUUUACUCAGUCGCAGGCGGUGUUCUUGGAGGCCACGCUGGUAAUGGUGCUGAGCUGGCUGCUGAUGUGUUUCUUUCUGAGGUUUAUGAAGGUUGGCGACGGCCGAAACGUUUGGUUUCAACUCCGGUGGUGGAUUAGUCGCCUUGAUGUUUGUUAUGCUACGAGACAUUGGCUGGAUGAUCAGAAGGUGGUUACAAAGAGGAAAACUGAACUUGGCGGUGCUUUUUCAAUAGCAAGUUGGAUACUGUUCAUUGGUCUAUUUGCUGUGUUGGUUUACCAAAUGAUUUCAAAGAGAACAAUUGAGGUGCAUAAUGUGAGAGCUACAAAUGCACCUGACUUAGCUUUGUUCAUGAAUGAUAUGGAAUUUAAUAUAACCACUGUUUCUAGUAUGACCUGUGCAAACUUACGUGGGCUUGGUACUUUAUUUACUGGAAAUCCUGGCUUCAUUGACUUUAGAGUGGCUCCUCUGUCAAAUUUUGUUAACUAUUCCUGUCACAACACAAGUAUUGGCCCGACCCUAAGUUUUAAGUGUAGCAGUUGCCAUCCUUUUCAUGACCAGACCUACAUUUCGUGGCAGUUUGUUGAUCUUCCCAACAAUCCUGCGACUGCUGUUGGUUUUCGUUUCAACCUAACUGCAAAAGCUCAUGGUAUUAAGAAAUAUGUGAGCUUUGUGAGUGGUACGCUGAAGAAUGGAAGUGAUUUUGAUGAUAGACCAGUUACAUUUAGAGGGACAGAUUCAAAUGUUUUGAAAUUUAAUAUAUUUCCCGCACUGUACCAUAAUUUGAAUGAUCUAAGGCUCCUCCAACCUCUUUUUCAUGAGUUUCUACGCGGUUCAUUCUUUCGUGAGACAGCUGCACUGCAGGCAUCCCUUGAACGUUCUAGCGAUGGACUAAUAAACACCACAAUGUAUAUAAACUUUCUCUCAGCCUAUAUUGUUGAGACUGAUAAUCAAAGUAUAAUUGGUCCUGUGAGCUUUGUCGCAGAUCUUGGUGGCCUAUAUUGCUUUAGUAUCGGCAUAUUUUUCUACUUAUUGGUGCAAUGUGAGUUCAGAAUAAAAAAACUCCGCAAUGAAGAUAGCAUUUUGCGGAGAAUUAGAAAUCGUCGAAAAGCUCAAGAUCACUGGGAUAAAUUGAGAAAAUAUGUGAUGUACACUUGGGGUUGCAAGAGUUUGCAAAAUGACUCUGAAGAAAAUAAAAAUGGAUCAACUUGCUGCAAUCCUAGGGUUCCAUCACUUACUAGUAAUGGAGCAUUUCACAAAUCUAGGUCUUUCCUGAAACGAAGUCAAAAAAGGGGCAUGGAUUCUAUCAGUUUUAAGAAAAGCAACUUACCCUCUGAGAAGUAUUUCCACCACACUGCUGAGUAUGUAAUUGUGCAGAGUACUGUUCCAGAGUGCACCAAAUCACAAAAGGUGGAGUUUAGUGUAAAAGGAACUGCAUCAAAUCCUGAGGGGACUCUGUCACUUCCAAAGGGUGAACCUUCUCUGAACCAGGAAUUGCAUAACUCUGAACUGCAUGCUGUAGCCCUUGAUGAUGAUUUUAUCAUUCCCGCUCCACCUCCACUUGGUAACAACUGAUCUUUUAGACUUAAUUACUGAAGGCUGGCUCAGAAGUGGAGAUGUCUGACAUCCAGAAAAGUUUCCAGCAAUUAUACGAGUACAAUGUGACGCUGACAAAUAAGUUAGUCGCUACACAAUCUUUGCUUCAUGAACUAGCAGCUAAAUCUUCGUCUCCGGUGGCAGAAAGCUGAACGUAAUUUUGAAAACACUAAAGAGUUGUUACCCUUGAUCUACCCUUGAUCUUACACAGCUGUUCGUCCUCGGGGUUUGACCUGUUAAGUAUGCAGCCUGGCCGUGACCCCUUGUUGAUCUUCCAGGGUUGUAACUUACAGGCUCACGUCUUGCCGCAUUCAAGGUCACUAUUAAUUGAUGAUAAACAAUGACAAUUUCGUUGAUAUUAUUUGUGUGGUUGCAGCUUUGCUGUAUCUUUCCAAGUAGAAGAUGGCUUCUGGGCAGGCUGCAGUAUAUUUGAGGUUCUUUAUGCGUUUUGUUGAUCUUGCAGAUGAUGUUUGCCAAAGCGAACACGUAAGUCAGUUGGAAGUACCCUGAUUUCUUCGAGUAUAUGUUUUUGUUCUUUAUGAUUAAGAAAAGAAAUUAGGGGAAGAAGAGAGAAACUUGAAAUCAUGCACUUCAUGAUUGAAUUGAUUCAAUUACCUACCAAAUUCUGGUUAUGAGGGGAUUUUCUUCACAUCCAAUGCUUCUAUUCUACUUGGUUUUACCUUGAAGUGUGUAUGACAAUGUAGGGUGAAUAAUGUGAUGGAUAAAGGGUGGGAAUUUCAUAACAUUGUAUUGUGUAGCGAAAGGGAAAAGUUGGAGCAUAAAAGCAAUGAAGUAAGAAAGAGGUUUGAAUGGAAUGUAAUUCAUCUCUUGAUUACUUCCAUAGUUUACCAUUCAUCUCAAGUAGGGUUGGAAAUGGAUCAAGUCAUGAUUCAAGUUUGCAACUUACUGAUAAAAUGUGUUGUAUCCAAUAAUGAAUAAAACUAUAUCGUUUUGAUAA